GCGGGUUCCCAGUACUGUGGUCUGUGAGCGUCACCGCGCGCAGUCUGUGCACUGGGCUAAACGGGAAAAGACGUGUGCUCGUGCCACUGCUAGCCUGCGUCACCGGGAUCACCUGUCACCCACAUAUGACUCGACCUGGAGGGUUAUUCAUGGUUGUUUGAAACUUAGAAGUGAACUACUGGGUGUGGUGCUUGCCUGUGUGAAAUAUAAUACAAGAAAAAUAAACCCGUAAGACUAGUGACGGAAAGUAUUUAGACGCCCAGCGCCAGGAAACCUUAACCCUGCCACGCUUCCUUGCUUCCCGAGCGGGAAUGACUGAAGACCUCGACAUGCUGUCGCCGGAGCAGCAAUUGGCACUUCUCAACGCCUCGGGCCAUCUACCCAAGCCAUGGGAGCCAGUGUCCCCGCAGCAACACACCUACAUAGGCAUCUACCUCAUCAUCGUGGGAGUAUUGGGUACUUUUGACAACGCUCUGGUAGUGGCCAUGUUCAUCAAGUUCCGCGUGCUGAUGACACCCUCCAACCUGUUGCUGCUCAACCUCUGCCUCACUGACCUCGGCAUCUGUGUCCUUGGUGGCUUCCCAUUCAGCGGGGUCUCGUCCUUGGCAGGAAGUCGACGGCUAUCUCUUACUGCUCUCCGCCGGUGUCCGCCGCAGCACCCAGCCUCCAAGAUGCUGACACAAGGGCGUCGGUCAUGUGACGGGGGAAAUCUCCACUGGGCGAAAGUACGAGAGGCUGUUGGCUUCAAUGUGGAUAUGCGCAUUGGUAUUCACACUGGGAAUGUUCUGUGUGGAGUGCUGGGGCUGAGGAAGUACCAGUAUGAUGUGUGGAGUGACGAUGUGACGCUAGCCAACCACAUGGAAGCUGGUGGAGUACCGGGUCAAGAGUAA